AUGUAUGAAAGUAGAAACAAUUCAGUUCCUAGAUCAUUAUAAUAGUUGCAAUACUUGAAAUAAUUUCAUAUCAUGGAUAUUACUAAUGAUAAACAAUAGAUAACAAAUUAUCUUGAUAUUUUAAAUUAGGAAACAGAUGUAUAUUAUCUAUUUGAUUCUUUUCAUUCUCUUUUGAAUUCUGUUAAAUAAGCCGAAGAAGCAAAAAUUACUAAUAAACCUAGAUAAAAUACUAUUGAUUGGUGGAAAUUAACUAAUCAAUCUUACAGCUGGGCAGGCUUAAAAAAUAUCAAAGGAAUUACUAACACUCCUUCUAAAAUAAGAGUAACUAAUGAUAGUAGUCAUGGCAGAUAAAUUGGUUAGGUUGAAUUGCAGAUUUUCAGUGAAAAGGAUCUCGAAACUAAUAAACAAGAUAGAAUUCUGCUUAGUGUAUAUUAACUAUAAAAUAAGUAUUACAAAUGUCAUAUGGGAUUUUGCCAGUUAUAAAAAUUGGAAGGUUAAGUAGUAAUCAUAAAUAAAUUAUAUAUAGCCAAAUGGUAUAGAAAGGUAGGUAAUUAUUUAGAAUUGAUACAAGAAUUUAUUAAAUAUAUCUUAAAUGUCUUGUAAGCAUCAAGAGUAAAGAUCAAAAUAAAUUCUAGUUAAGGAUCUUAAAUCAAGUAUCUCUAAUAAUUAGGAUUCAAAUUAUCUUAAACUAUUCCAUUAAUAAAUGAUCUAAAAAUAUUUACUUUAAUUUUAGACAAAUAAUGA